UAAGGCCAAUAAACGGAAAUAAAGAAGAAAACAUGUGCCUAACCUAACUUUGACUAAACUUGUUUUUGAAAUUGAUUGUUCAAGUUCUAAUUUAUAGAAACUGAAGGUCAAAAUGUCUUCAGAUGAAAAUGAAGAUUUCAAAAAAGUCAAAUUAGAAGAGGAAAGUAUCAAACCUUCCAACAGUGGAGAAGUGAUGUUUCCAAGAGAAUCUAAAUUCGCAAAUAUUAGGAAUAAGCAUGUCAGAAACCAACAGUACCAAAAAGCAAAAAAACAAGUCAAAAAGGCAAAGAAAGAAGCUAAGAAAGUACGUGAAACAGAAGGUAUCCCAAAAAAAACGCCACAUACAAUUGAAAGUUUGAGGGAGAAAGAUGAAACUAUCAUCACUGAUUUGGAUGGUGAGGAGAAUGACUUAGUUCGAGAGGAUUUGGAUCAAGAUGAAUUUAGUGAAUAUUAUAAACAGUCUUAUGAACCGAAAGUUUUAAUAACAUAUGCUGAUAAUCCCAUGAAGAAAACUAGAAUUUUUGGACGAGAAUUGACAAGAAUCAUACCCAAUUCAGUGUCACUUUAUAGAAAUAGAAGUGGAGUUAAAAAAAUCGUCAAAAGUGCUAUCAAGAAGGAAUACACUGACAUUCUAGUCAUCAAUGAACAUAGAAAGGAACCUGAUGGUCUACUUGUCAUCCAUCUUCCAAAUGGUCCAACUGCUCACUUCAGAGUUAGCAAUGUAAAAAUAACUACAGAACUGAGGAAAAAUCACAAAGACAUAACUGCACACCGACCUGAAGUUAUUCUCAAUAAUUUUGCUACCAGGCUUGGACUCACUGUAGGUCGAAUGUUAGGGUCUCUGUUCCAUUAUGAGCCAGAAUUUGUUGGGCAGAGGGCUGUUACUUUUCACAAUCAACGAGACUUUAUCUUCUUUCGUCAUUACAGGUAUGGCUUUGAUUCUGAAGGAAAGAAAGCUAGACUAAAGGAAUUGGGACCCAGGUUUACUCUGAAGUUGAAAUCCUUGCAAAGGGGAACUUUUGAUAGCAAAUAUGGUCAAUAUGAGUGGAUAAUUGAUGGCAGGCGUCAUUCUAUGGAAACAAGUAGAAGAAAAUUCAAUUUGUAAUUAAAUAUGUUUUAUUCUAGUUAUCAUUUAUUAAUUAAAAAA